AUGGACUCUUCAAGUUCACGAUUGGAUACCGAGGGUCAAUUUGAAGAACCGAAGGAUUUAACGACGUUUAUUUCAGAUGAAGAGUUGAGUGAUAAGGAUGAUGAGAAAGUUGAAGAACCAAAGGAUUUAAUGACUUUUAGUUCAGAUGAAGAGUUGAGUGAUAAGGAAGAAAAUGUGGUCCUACCCGUGGUGUUAAAGGAUGAUGAGAAGAUUGAAGAACCGAAGUCAUCAAUGACUUUUAGUUCAAUAGAAGAAGUUUGCUCUUAUUAUAGGAGGUAUGCUAAGCAAGUUGGGUUUGGUAUAGCGCAUAGAACCUCGAGAAAAACGAAGGGUAUAAAAAGUUACGUAAUGCUUAUAUGUACUCGUGGAGGUGACGAGCGAGCUACAAGUGAUGUUGCGAAGCCAAUUCCAACAACUAAUAGAACAGGGUGUGGUGCCAGGAUUUGUGCGAGAUUAUGUGGUGAUGGAACGUGGUUUUUGAGUAAAGUUGAGCUGACGCAUAAUCAUUCGUUAAGCCCUGGUAAAGCGAGAUUUUUUAGAAGCAAUAAGAAAAUUAAUGAUGCUGCAAAAAGAAGACUUGAGCUAAAUGAUAGAGCAGGAAUACGUCUGAGUAAGAAUUUCAAUUCUUUAGUUGUUGAAAGUGGGGGGUUUGAGAGUCUUUCUUUUGGAGAGAGAGAUUGUCGGAAUUAUAUUAACAAGGCAAAAGAACUUCGUCUUGGUAAAGGAGGUGCCCAAGCACUUUGUGAUUACUUCAGAAGAAUGCAAAAGCAAAAUAGUGGCUUCUACUUUAUGAUAGAUAUGGAUGAUGAUUGUAGGCUACGAAAUGUUUUUUGGGCGGAUGCACGGAGUAGGGCAACGUAUGAUUUCUUUGGGGAUGUUAUUACGUUUGACACAACGUAUUUGACCAAUAGCUAUGACAUGCCAUUUGCUCCUUUUGUAGGAGUGAAUCAUCAUGGUCAAUCUAUACUUUUGGGGGCAGGACUAAUUUCAAGCGAGGAUACAGACACAUUUGUGUGGUUGUUUAAAUGUUGGUUGGAGUGCAUGAAUGGCCAAGCCCCUAAAGCAAUUAUAACAGACCAGGAUAGAGCUAUGAAAAAUGCAAUUGCUAUUGUUUUCCCUGAAAGUCGACAUAGAUAUUGUAUGUGGGAUAAGACAUUUUGGGUGCCGGCAUACAUGAAAGAUACGUUUUGGGCGGGAAUGAACACUACACAGCGAAGUGAAAGUAUGAACGCAUUUUUUGAUGGUUACGUGCACUCCCGAACCACAUUGAAAGAAUUUGUUGAUGAAUAUGAUAAUGCUUUAAGGAGAAUGGUUGAGAGUGAGACACGUGCUGAUUUUGAUUCUUUCAAUCGCACAAUCUCGUGUAUAAGCGCCUUGCAGUUAGAGAAACAGUUUCAAGUUGUCUACACAAAUGCGAAGUUCAAAGAAGUACAUGAUCAGUUUGUGAAAAUGAUGUCCUGUAAUAACUCCCAUCUCAAAAGUGAAGGUGCAAUUUCCACGUUUGAAGUUAUUGAAUAUGUUGCCGUUAGAGACCACUUAAUAGAAAAAACAUUUCUUGUUUACUUCAAUGAAAAUGAAUUGGAAGUGAAGUGCACAUGUGCAUUGUUUGAAGUAAGAGGCAUCUUAUGUAGGCAUUCACUUUCCGUGUUACGGACAAAGAAAGUGACAACUUUGCCACAAAGAUAUAUUCUUGACAGAUGGAGGAAGGAUAUUAAACGAGAGUACUCAAAGGUUAAGAGUAGUUAUGAUGCCAUUGGUGAUAAUCCACAUGCUCAAAUAUAUGACAAGGUGAGAAACAAUUUUGAGGAAUUACUGUCGCUCGCAUCAGAAAACACGGAGGAACGUUGCAUGGAACUAAUGAAAAAAAUUGAUCAAAUAAAGGAGUUGUGGCGUUGCGAAAAUCAAGCUUCUGGCAUUCCAGCUACUAUCACAUCUUCUAGUUGUCAAAAGGUGCUUAGUCCUCAUAAGGUUACUUGUAAAGGGAGGCCACGAACAAAGAGAAAGGUGGCUGUUAUAGAAACAGUGGUAAAGAAAUCCAAUGUAUCAAGCAAGCCACCAAGAGACAACAAUGCUAAAACGAAGAGACGAAAAAAUCAAGCCUCGAAAUCAACGGAAAAUCAAGGCAACACUAGCCAAUCUCCGUUGCCUUCUGUACCUUCUGCAACUCACGGUCAUAGUACUCAGGAUUCCGUCGCUUCGUUAUCGACAGUUGCUCACACUUUCAGUGGUCACCAUCAUUCUAUUCUUUCUCAGGUGAAUUUGUCAAUUGACCCCAUAAAUCUAUUGUCCACAAUGAUAAGCCAACACAAAUACCAAGAGGCUUUAACUACAGCCUUACAAAUGCGUGAUGUGUCAAUUGUGAAUUGGAUUUGCUCCCAGGUCUUGACUAUGGAUCCUCUCCCUUUGAGUCAAGAAGUAUUGCUUCAAUUGUUGUGGUUUUUACCAUAUUGUAUCAAUACCAACCCAACCGUAAUAAUUGCUUGGAUGACACACGUUUUUAAUUCCAUAAUCCCAACUGAUCCGGCAAUUGAAAUGCAUGUGCGGCCCAUCUUCAAUCAAGUUUAUGCCGCACUCAACCAUAUAAGUGUCCUGCCCACAAUUACUGAUGCUGUGCGGUCAACUAUACGUCUUCUGAUGAAUGGUUUACUUCCACCUUGAGACAAAAAUGAUAGUUAAUGAGCUAAAAUGAAUAUUUUGUGUGGGAGUUGUAAUGGAUGGAACUAGCUUUCAAAUGGACUCCUGGAUGUAAU